AAUUUGUUUUUGUUUUUGUUUUUUUUUUAAAAAUUAAAUAUCGUCUGUGUUCUUAUUUUGGCAAAUAAUGAGCUUUCGGCAAAAUCUGUAAUCUCUAAGCUGAAUCACUUGUUGUGGAGCUCUGAUUUGUUGCCGGAGCAAGAAUUUGAUCCGUCGCUUCUUUCUUUUUAAAAGCUCGACAAGUACAAAAUUGAGCUCAAACCAAAAUCGAGUCUUCUUCUAAGUCAAAUUGAAAUCAACCUCGCGCAAUUGUUCUUUGCUCUACUUGAUUCUUCGUCUUGCUUCUCCAAUUUCACCUUCGAGAUUAGUCUCUUGAUUAAAGCUUCGUAAAUGGACUACGAACCAAUUGAUAGCAGUGGAACUGAUGAUGAUCUGCCACCGUCACGAGGAGGAGGACGUGUGGCUGCUAAUGGAAGAUCUUUGAAUCUUCCUCCAUCUUAUCCAAAGAUAUAUGAUGAUGUUGCUGCUGAUAUGGAAGCUCAGAUUCACCAGAUUGAGAAGGAAGCAUAUAUCUCUGUUCUAAGAGCCUUUAAAGCUCAAGGAGAUGCUAUUUCAUGGGAAAAAGAAGGUGUAAUCACUGAGCUACGUAGAGAGUUGAGUUUAUCGAAUGAGGAGCAUAGAGAACUUCUAGGUCGUGUUAACGCAGAUGAUACAAUACGAAGGAUAAGGGAAUGGAGACAAUCUGGAGGAAUGCAACCAAGUGUGCGCAAUGCUGCUCAAGUGGUUCACGAUACAUUGCCAAGCCCUUCUGUUCCAGCUUCUAUUAAGAAGCACAAACCAAACCAGCCAAUUCCUGCUCAACCAUUCGCCAGUUCUUCACCUACUUUUCAUCCUCAAGCUGAUCCCACUCACCCAUUUGCUUCAUCCACAGCCAAACGGGGAGCUGUUCCUAUUGUCAAGGGCAAAAAGCAUAAACCAGUUUUUCCUGGUUCGUCUUCCACAAAACCCGUCCCAUACCAUCCUUCAGAUCAACCUCCACGAGGACAAGUCAUGAACAGAUUACCAAUUGUUCCUACCAGUUCAAGUGAACCCACAAACGGAACCGAUCCUGAAUCUUUUAUUGGCAAAAGAGUUAGAACAAAGUGGCCUGAAGACAAUACAUUUUACGACGCUGUCAUUACCAUGUAUAAUCCAGUUGAGGGUCGCCAUGCUUUAGUUUAUGACAUUGCAACAGCUCAUGAGACAUGGGAAUGGGUUAAUCUCUCAGAGAUAUCUCCUGGGGAUAUAGAGUGGAUAGGAGAGGAUCCUGGGGUUUGUAAUCGAUAUGGUUAUAACGGACAAGGUCAUGAACUAAAUAGAACUACCGGACCCAACAGUAUUCCACAACGAGGAAGCGGUUUGGCAAAGAACACUAUCAGAAAGGAUUUCAGAACAUCACAGAAUGGAACUGGGAAAAAGAAACAUCUCAAUAUACGAAUCCGCCAAACAAAUGUCCUAAUCAGAGAGGUGGAGAGAGUUCUUGGUUCACACAAUCCAGAUCCCCACGAAGUUGAAAGGGCUAGGAGAAUUUUGGAGGAGCACGAGCAUGCACUUGUGGGCGCAAUUGCAAAGCUUGGAAAUAUUUCCGAUGGAGAAAACGAAGGUGCAUUUCGUCAGUAGCUUAUGUUUGAAUCAAGCAAUUUUGCCAAGGCACAGUGCAAUGUGCGGUCCCUGAGGAGCCGGUGAAGAAGAGAUCGAAGGUCAAAGUCUCACCUUCUUUGAUGUUACCCUUUUUUUGGGUAUUUGACUGUAAUUUUUUGCUGACACUAGAGAUUAGCUUGACCUGGAUCUUGGUUUUGUUGGAUAUAUGUUCAAUGGAGUAGUUUCGGUAUC